CUGAUGCUACUCAGAGAGCCAGCACCAGGGCAUGUCUGAGUCCCCACCAGCAGCCCCCUGAACCUGGCUCUCCCAGCAGCCACAGCCACCUGCUUUGCCCCAGGGGACCCAACCUAGGGCCACAGGGACCGAGAAUUGCAGCCAUCAUGGGUAGCAAGGAACGGUUUCACUGGCAAAGUCACAAUGUGAAACAGAGCGGUGUGGAUGACAUGGUGCUGCUCCCCCAGAUCAACGAGGAUGCCAUUGUGAGCAACCUCAAGAAGAGGUUCCUGGAUGACUACAUCUUUACCUACAUUGGCUCAGUCCUUAUCUCUGUCAACCCCUUCAAGCAGAUGCCAUAUUUCACUGACCGAGAGAUUGAGCUGUACCAAGGAGCGGCACAGUAUGAGAACCCUCCACACAUCUAUGCCCUCACGGACAAUAUGUAUCGAAACAUGCUCAUUGACAGUGAAAACCAGUGUGUCAUUAUCAGCGGAGAAAGUGGGGCAGGGAAGACAGUGGCUGCCAAAUACAUCAUGGGUUACAUAUCCAAGGUGUCUGGAGGGGGAGAGAAGGUCCAGCAUGUAAAGGACAUCAUCCUUCAAUCCAACCCAUUGCUGGAAGCCUUUGGCAAUGCCAAGACUGUUCGCAACAACAACUCCAGCCGUUUUGGCAAGUACUUUGAGAUCCAGUUCAGUCGAGGAGGGGAGCCUGAUGGUGGGAAGAUCUCCAACUUCCUCCUGGAGAAAUCUAGAGUGGUCUCACAGAACGAGAAUGAAAGGAACUUCCACAUCUACUACCAGCUGCUAGAAGGUGCCUCCCAGGAGCAGCGGCAGAACCUGGGCAUCAUGACCCCUGACUACUAUUAUUACCUCAACCAAUCUGACACUUACAAAGUGGAUGACACCAAUGACCUCAAUGACUUCCAUGAGACUCUGGAUGCCAUGCAGGUCAUCGGAAUCCCACCCAAUGCUCAGCAGCUGGUGCUACAGAUCGUGGCUGGAAUCCUGCACCUGGGGAACAUUAGCUUUUGUGAAGAGGGGAACUAUGCCAGAGUGGAAAGUACAGACUUGCUGGCCUUCCCUGCCUACUUGCUGGGCAUUGACAGCGGGCGCCUCCGGGACAAACUAACCAGCCGUAAGAUGGACAGCCGAUGGGGCGGCCGCACAGAGUCCAUUAACGUAACUCUGGGUGUGGAGCAGGCCGCCUACACACGAGAUGCCCUGGCUAAGGGGCUCUAUGCCCGGCUCUUUGAUUUCCUGGUGGAGGCUAUAAACCGAGCCAUGCAGAAACCACAAGAAGAAUACAGCAUUGGAGUCCUGGAUAUCUACGGCUUUGAGAUAUUCCAGAGAAAUGGCUUUGAGCAGUUCUGCAUCAACUUUGUGAAUGAGAAACUGCAGCAGAUUUUCAUCGAGCUGACACUGAAGGCUGAGCAGGAGGAGUAUGUUCAGGAAGGCAUCAAAUGGAGCCCCAUUCAGUACUUCAACAACAAGAUUGUGUGUGACCUCAUUGAAAACAAACUGAAUCCUCCAGGCAUCAUGAGUGUACUGGAUGAUGUGUGUGCCACAAUGCACGCCACGGGUGAUGGGGCUGACCAGACCCUGCUACAGAAGCUACAGGGGGCCGUGGGCUGCCACGAGCACUUUAACAGCUGGAACUCAGGCUUCGUCAUCCACCACUAUGCGGGCAAGGUCUCUUAUGAUGUCAGUGGUUUCUGUGAACGAAACAGAGACGUGCUCUUCUCAGACCUCAUCGAGCUUAUGCAGAGCAGCGAACAUGCCUUCAUUCAAAUGCUCUUCCCUGAGAGGCUGGACUCAGAGAAGAAGGGCCGGCCCAGCACUGCAGGCUCCAAGAUCAAGAGGCAGGCCAAUGACCUAGUGGACACUUUGAAGAAGUGUACACCCCACUACAUCCGAUGCAUUAAGCCCAAUGAGACCAAGAGGCCCCAUGACUGGGAGGAAAGCAGGGUGAAGCAUCAGGUGGAGUAUCUGGGUCUGAAAGAAAACAUCCGUGUGCGUCGUGCUGGUUUUGCAUACCGCCGCGUUUUCUCAAAGUUCCUGCAGAGGUAUGCCAUCCUGACUCCGGAGACAUGGCCACGGUGGCGCGGUGAUGAACGUCAGGGGGUGCAGCACCUGCUCCGAUCUGUCAACAUGGACCCUGACCAGUACCAAAUGGGACGCUCCAAGGUCUUCAUCAAGAACCCGGAGUCGCUCUUUCUGCUGGAAGAAAUGCGAGAACGCAAGUUUGAUGGCUUUGCCCGCACCAUCCAGAAAGCCUGGAGGCGCUACGUGGCCGUGAGAAGAUAUGAGCAGAUGCGGGAGGAGGCCUCCAACAUCUUGUUAAACAAGAAAGAAAGGAGAAGGAACAGUAUCAACAGAAACUUUGUGGGAGACUACCUGGGGCUGGAGUCCAGGCCUGAGCUUCGCCAGUUCCUGACCAAGCGUGAGCGUGUAGACUUUGCAGACUCCAUCACCAAAUAUGACCGGCGCUUCAAGCCCAUCAAGCGAGACCUAAUUCUGACUCCUAAGUAUGUGUAUGUGAUCGGGAGGGAGAAGGUAAAGAAGGGUCCCGAGAAGGGACAGAUUCAAGAGGUAUUGAAGAAGAAAAUAGAAAUCCAGGCCCUCCGGGGGGUCUCCCUCAGCACCAGGCAGGAUGAUUUCUUCAUCCUCCAUGAAGUCGGGGCAGACAGCUUCCUGGAGAGUGUUUUCAAAACAGAGCUCAUCAGUCUCCUGUGCAAGCGUUUCCAAGAGCUCACUCACAAUGCCAUGACCACCUUCAAUGACACACUACAGUUCCGGGUGAAGAAGGAAGGCUGGGGCGGAGGAGGAUCCAGGACCAUCACCUUCUCCCGAGGUCCAGGAGAGGUGGCCAUGCUCAAAGCCAGUGGCAAGACUCUGAUGGUCAGCAUAACUGAUGGACUUCCUAAGAACUCCAAGCCAACGAAGAAAGGACCUCUACAGGGCCAGAGGAGGAGGCCAGCACCAGUCCGAGCAGCCCCAGCUCCCUCCAGAGGGCCAACUCAGAAUAGGGCACCCUACACGGCCCGUGGUGGCCCCUUGCCCCUGCCGCAGAUGUCAAUGGGGAGUGGCCCAAGGUCACAGCGGGGACCUCCAGCUGCAGCACUGGGGAGUGGUGGGAGUAGCCGAAGGCCCCACAAGCGACCGCCCUCUGAGCACAACAUGGAGUUCCUCAACGUGCCUGAUCAGGGGAUGGCCGGGAUGCAGCGAAAGCGAAGCAUUGGGCAGCGGCCUGUGCCAGGUGUGGGACGACCCAAGCCUCAGCCCCGAAUUCCAGGUCCACGUUGCCGUGCCCUUUAUCAAUAUGUGGGCCAGGAUGUGGAUGAGUUGAGCUUCAAUGUCAACGAGGUCAUAGAGAUCCUAUUGGAGGAUCCAUCAGGCUGGUGGAAAGGCCGCCUGCAUGGCCAGGAGGGCCUUUUCCCUGGAAACUAUGUGGAAAAGAUCUAAGACCCCAGGAAAUUUGGGAGUCAGAAUAACGGAAUUCUUUCCAGCCCUUCGCAUCUGCCUCAUCCCUGCUCCAAACUUCCAGGGGAGCUGAGACCCCCAUCGUGUCUCAUCCCAUCCCAUGCACCUCUCAGAAGUCUGGCAGCUACGGGGGCAGCUCAAGGCCCCUGGCUUUUUCCAUGAGGAGCUGGGUCCCUACCCCAGAAAACCCCUCCUCCCCUAUUGAUUCCUGCCCUCUUUCCCAGCCCUCCCCAGGAGGAGCCAAGUACCUCUCCUUCCUCAGGGAGAAGGAGUAUGGCAGGUAGGAUAGGCCUUUUCCCGACCAGACCCUAACAGGCUGAGACUUGGGAGCUGGGGGAGAGAAAAGAGAGACCAAGGACAAAGGACUGGACAGCCACUGCCUGGGCCUAAAUCUGCCAAAGGAAAGACUCAGAAACAAUGCCUCUACUAACAGACAGAACAUGGUUUGGUGUCUUCCUUCACAGGUGAUACAGCAGGUAGCCUGAAGUCAGGAGUUCAAAGCCUGCCUCAGAUACUUCUUAGCUGUGUGACCCUGGACAAGUCAUUUAACCUCUGU